UGUUGUAGUAAAUGAUUUUCCCAGAGCCGUGCGUACGCGUUACUGUAUUUGUUGUAAAUUCCGUUGAUCUAGUGAACGAUAAAAUCGUCAAUUGAAUAAAUAAUAUUCAUAAUAUAUCUCAUAAGUUUUUGCCAGCGUCAUCGUCGAGUUGAUAUCACCCCGUCUCCGAAAAGAUCUUUGAGACGACUUUCGUGUACAGGGAAAUCGGUGGAACCGUYUUGGACCAGCUAGSUAUAGUCUCCGUGAGGUUAUGCGACAGGCGACCGACGUGAAAUCCGUCUUCAGCUGCUAAAUUAUCGAACCGCCGUCAUGUCCAAGACAUCCGGUUCGGCCGCGUCCGGUUCGUCAUCGUCGUCGUCGCAGCAGCAAGUGUCCGGAGUCGCCGCUGUGCCAGCUGAGGAUAAUUUCGACUUUCUGUUCAAAAUCGUGCUAAUCGGCGACUGCGGCACUGGCAAGACAUGCGUUGUUCAGCGGUUCAAGAGUGGCACAUAUGCCGAAAACCAAGGCAACACCAUUGGCGUUGACUUUUCCAUGAAGACCAUCAAAAUCGAUGGCAAAAAAGUCAAACUCCAAAUAUGGGAUACGGCCGGCCACGAGAGGUUUCGAACAAUAACACAGAGUUAUUAUCGCUCAGCUAAUGGGGUGCUACUAGUGUACGACAUUACAAAACGUGCUACUUUCCUGAAUUUACAGAGAUGGGUUGAAGAAGUACGUCGAUAUACUUCGUCUAAUGUUUUGCUCGUAUUGAUUGGUAACAAAUGUGACCUAGAGGAGAACCGCCAGGUGGAGUUGUCUGAAGCAGAUGCAAUGUGCGAAUACUUUCCUGAAUUAUUGUCUGUGCUAGAAACUUCAGCUAAGGAAAAUAAAAACAUUGAAGAAGCAUUUGUCACAAUUGCUUCUGAACUUAAGAGACGUCAUGAUCAAAGUGCUCAUAUAGAAGAUGAACCUAAUCCUGUCAUCAGCUUGAGUGAAGGCGAAAAUGUUCAAAAAUGUAAAGGCUGUACAUUGUUAUAAGCUAAUAUUGUAACAUGCUACAGUAGAACAAAUCAAUAUUUGAUCAUUAUAAUUCUAAAACCCAAAGACGAAAAUGUUUAAUUAAUUAAUUAUGCAUUCAUAAUCUUAUGGUAACACACUUGUUUAAUAUGAAACAUUUAAAGUUUUAUUUAGAUUGUAUUUAAAAAUAAAAAAAUAUGAGGAUAGGGACAGAUCAUCCCAGAAUUUAUAUACACAUUUAUGAUCCGCGUUAAUGCUGUAUUUAAUUUUAUCUUUCUUAACUUGCAAUAAUUAUUCAUGUACUUGGACCUCACAUUGUUAAUCAUUCAAUCAUGUACUAUAAUAUAUAAUAUAAAAUAAGAUUCUUAAAUAGUUUUAUGGGGGACCAUGGUCAUAAAUGUUUUUUUCAAGUAUCUCACAAGGUCCACAGGUGUAUCUAUCUUAGAAUUAUUUUUAUCAGUAGAUAAUUUAUUAUURUAGAGUAUCAAUGAUGAUUUUUAUUUUAUUAAUCGCUAUCGUAUUUUAGGAUAUUGUGUUUGUGAUAUUAUUCAUACAACAUUUAAGUAUCCUGUAUCGAUAUUCUGUAAAUAGAUAUAUGUCCUUAUCGAGAAUAUUCGCAGUUUUUUA